AUGUAGUAUUUAAAUGAAAUAGAGAUCCUAAAAUUUAAUUAAAAAAAGCAAUAUUUAUAAUAAGAAUUAUCAGUUUUAGAUUUAAAAAAUUCUGAAGAAUUUAAAUAGCAUAUAAUUCCUCUAAUUACAAAUUAUUUGGUGAAGAAAAGAGAGCUUUUUGUUAAAUUGUAAGCUGGUUAUGAAAAUUUUCAAUCUUUGUCAAGAGAUACAAAAGAGCUUUCUAUUAAUGGAAUGAGUGCUGUUGAAUAAUUUCAAAAGAAAAUGCUAGAAUUCUCUUUUGAUAAAUCCAACCUUUCAAUCCCCAUGAAAGUCUGCAGUAUAUUUUACACAUUCAUUCAAAAUAAUCUAAGAAAGGCAACAGAUUUAGAAUAUGAAAUUAAGUAAAAUCUAAAAAAAGAACUUAGCUAAAAAUAAGAUAAACUUUCUAACCUGAAUUGUGUUAAAGGUAAAAGUUAAAUUUUCCAAGUUAGCUUGUCUGGUAACAUAGGAAAAAUUAACAAAAAGAACUUAAAUUCAAGUUAAAUUUUCAGAUUGUCACUAUUUUUUGGUUAUAGCGUUUAAGAGUUUAGGAAAGUUGAAUAUAUCACAGAUUUGAUUCCUUCAUAUAUAUAAGAAUAUCAUUCAAAAAUUGUUGAAUAAGUUAUUGAGUAAGGUAGCAUAGGAAAUCUCUUUAGUGCUAAAAAUGUCUUUGCAAGGACAAAAGAACAAUAUUUAUUCCCAAUUAAAAUAAAGCUAUAAAGCUGUCCAAGCAUAAUAAACAGCUUUGAAAUGAUAGUUUCUGUCCUAAAGUUGCAAUCCUAGCAUUAAUUUUUAACUUUUAAUGAAACUGGUUAAAUUCUAGGAAUUACUGAAAAGUUAUUUAGAAACUUAUUUAAAAAUCCUAUUUAGAAACAAGCUAAAAAGGCUUCUAUAACAAAUAAAACUGAAUCAAACGAGAAAAUAAGAUAAAAGUUGUUAGAAGCAGAUGGGAAUCAAUAGGACUUUGACGUCUUUAAAGUUUACAACGGUUUCAAUAUAUAUCUGAUAUUUUAAAAUCUAUUGGAGUUAAUAUAAUCUAAAAUAGAUAAAUAAAGCGAAUAAAAAACAGAUAAUAAUUUACUUUAAGAAGACUAACUCAAUACAUACGCUUACCAUCAUAGCUAUAGGAACUUAGUAAAAAAUUUACAAGCUAAGUGA